GGCAGAGAAACGCAGCGUUUAAAACGUUUCGAGCUCGUGCACACCAUGAGUAGCGUCGGCGUCGCGCGCGUAUACCGGGGCACGUUCGCGCACUCCACACGGGACGCGGCUUUGCGCGUGUUCACCGACUUUGUACUGGGAUUAAACGUGCAAGGCAAGAUUGCCUUUUUUGAGGAAGGUCAGAAUGUGGAAAGUCUGUCGGACCAAUGGGGCUUUGAAAUGUCAGAUAUUGAACAGCUCGGGCCUCAUGAGUUUAUCAUACCGGGAAUGGUGGACACACACAUCCAUGCCUCACAGUACAUUUUCUCUGGGACACACCUGGACUUGCCGCUCUUAGAUUGGCUCAAAAUAUACACAUUCCCUGUGGAGUUGCGCUACGAGGACCUGGACUUCGCCAAGGAAGUCUACACCAAAGUUGUGAAACGAACAUUAUGCAAUGGCACCACGACUGCAUGCUAUUUUGCUACUAUACAUACAGACGCCUCACUGCUGCUUGGGCAAAUUGCAGAUGACUUUGGGCAGAGGGCCCUCAUAGGGAAGGUGUGCAUGGACCGCAAUAACAUGGUACCAGACUAUAAAGAGCUUACAGAGGGAUGCAAAGAAGAGACGGAUCGUUUUAUCCACGAACUACUCAAGAAAAAGUAUGCUCUCGUAAAGCCAGUGGUGACGCCACGCUUUGCCAUAUCGUGUUCCUCCUCCCUGCUCAGCAACCUGGGAAAGAUUGCCAAAGACUAUAAUCUCCAUGUUCAGAGCCACAUCAGUGAAAACAAACAGGAAGUGCAGUUUGUAAAAGAGCUCUUUCCAGACUGUACAUCCUACACAGACGUCUAUGUGAAGCACGGCCUGCUCACAGACAAGACGGUGAUGGCUCAUGGUUGCUACCUGACUGAUGAAGAGCUCAAGAUAUUCCAUGAAAGAGGAGCAGCAAUUUCUCACUGCCCCAGCAGUAACAUCUCAUUGAUCAGUGGCAUGCUUAAUGUAAGGAAUGUCCUAAAGCACAAUGUCAAAUUAGGCUUGGGGACAGAUGUCGCAGGUGGUUACUCCACGUCCAUGUUGGACACGAUUCGCAGAGCUGUGGACACAUCUAAAGCUUUGUGCCUGCAGGAUUAUCAGCAUAAGCCCCUCAGCUAUAAGGAAGCCUUUCGUUUGGCUACAUUGGGAGGCAGUGAAGUGCUCUCGUUGGAUGACUGCACUGGAAACUUUGACGUUGGAAAGGACUUUGAUGCCCUGCGUGUGAACAUAUGUGUUCCUGGAAGUCCAAUCGAUUUGUUUCCUGGAGAUGACCCAGAGGUUAUUGUGGAGAAAUUUCUAAAUCUGGGUGAUGAUCGGAACAUUGUUGAGGUUUAUGUGGCCGGCAAACAAGUGGUGCCUUUCCCUGCCUCAAGCUGAUGUUUCCAAAAGUUUCCUUGAAGCUGACAGGUGCCAUCCAUGAGAUAUGAAAGUGGUGCUCAUAUUUUAUCUUAUGAAUAUUUCUUUAUGGUCAGUUUUAGUUUUUAAACUGUACUUACUGCUCAUGAGAAAUAAAAGACAUUUUAUUGGUU